AUGGGCCAAAUGGCAUACUCUGCAGUAGCUCUCGAAUCCUACUCUAAUCUGAUUCUCGGUUCUAGAAAGCACUUCUCAAGUGGUCCUUACUGGAAAUUCCUAGAACACAGUCAUCCAUACGUACGCUCUUCACGGUCUUAUUCCAUCUAUGCGGCUUAUGUUUCCCCAGGACACCAAGGACCUCCAGGUAUCCAAGGCUUCAAGGGCGAGCAGGGUAACCCAGGCAUUGAUGGUACGCCGGGCAUACCAGGAGCCAACGGGAGGCCUGCCAUCAAAGGAGAAAAGGGUAUGUGGGAUUUACCCGUACUAUCGAUCAUAAGAAAGCACUAG